GAGUCGACAGCAAUGGCGGCUGCGGGGACGAUGGCGGCGUCCUGGGAGCGGGAGGCGGCGGCGACGGCCGAGGCGGAGCGUCGCGUCCGGGCCUGGGCGGAGGCGCAGCGGGCUGGCGGCCGCCGUGUGGCGCUGGUGACGUCCGGCGGGACGCAGGUGCCGCUGGAGGCCCGCGCGGUCCGCUUCCUGGAGAAUUUCAGCAGCGGGCGGCGCGGGGCGGCUUCGGCGGAGCGCUUGGCGGCGGCCGGCUACGGGGUCUGCUUCCUCCACCGGACGCGCUCGGCCUUCCCCUGGGCGCGCGCCCUGCCGCCGCCCGGCUCGGCCCUGCUGGACCUGCUGCGCGUGCACGAGGAGGACGGGGCGGUGCGCGUGCGCGACGGAGCGCUCCCUGCCCUCCUGCCUGCCCUGCGCGCCUACGGCCGGGCCCGGGACGACGGCGCCUUCCUGGCCCUGGAGUUCGCCGGGUUGGCCGAAUAUCUGGCCCUGCUGCGCGCCGCUGCCCGCGCCCUCGCCCCGCUCGGUUCCAGCGCCAUGUUCUACCUGGCAGCAGCUGUGUCAGAUUUCUAUAUUCCCCCUUCAGAGAUGCCUGAACAUAAAAUCCAGUCUUCCGAUGGGCCCCUCCAGAUAACCAUGAAGAUGGUACCCAAAAUGCUGUCUCCGCUGGUUAAGGAAUGGGCCCCUGAGGCAUUUGUGAUCUCCUUCAAGUUGGAAACUGAUCCUUUGAUCCUGGUUGAGAAAGCCAGGCAGGCCCUGGCCAAAUACAACCAUCAGGUGGUCGUUGCCAACACCCUGGACUCGCGAAGAACCACGGUGAUCGUGGUCACUAAGGAGUCAGAAACCCCGUUGUCCAUCUCAGAGGAGGAAAUCGUCCAAGGCGUAGAGAUUGAGGACAAGAUUGUAGGCCACCUAGUAUCCCAGCACAGAGCCUUUAUGGAAAAAUGAUUCCCUGGUGGAUAAAUGUGAUUUUUUUCUGAAUUCUCAGCUAUAAAUUCAAGAGCCGAUAGGAACUGGUGACGGUGAAACUGGUGACACUGGAAAGCUUCUAUUUCCUGUUAACAGAGAUCUCUUAACUGGGGUCCAGGAGGUGGAAUCUGAUACGGCUUCCUGGUUUCUUUGCACAUCUCCAGGCCCGUUUGCUGCUCAUUGGUGGGAAAGUUUAAAGGACUGGAAUGUUCCAAGCCACGACUCGCUCUAGUGCGUGAUUGGGGUUGGUGUUUUGGAGAUGGGGCAGACAGCAACCUCUCUGAUUUAUUUUUUUCCUGCUGCCUUGGUAAAAAUCACUCAGGAAAAAUUGAAAAGGUUUCUAGUCAAUUUCUGAAUCUCAUUCCACCUUGAAUUUAAGCCAGUUGACACAAAAUAAUAGGAGCUUCUAGAUCCAUUGGAGUUUGGUGGACCAGUAAUGUUCCAAUGUCUUUUUCUUCCAAAAUGUCUCCAUCUGACCUUCUCUGAAGUUAAUGUUUUCCUGUUCUCCUGCAAGAAAAAAAAAAGUCAAAUGGCUAAAAUCUUCCACCUUCUACUUUGAUGCUUUAGGAAGUAUGAAUUUUAUACAUGUAGUCCUCAACUUACGGCCAUUUGUUUAAUGGCUGUUCAAAGUUAUGACAAUGCUAAAAAACGUGACUGACAGCUGGUCCUUUCACUUACAAACUGCUGCAGCAUCCCCAUGGUUACCGGAUGAAAAUGUGGUUGCUUGGCAACCAACAUCCUAAGGUCACGUGAUCACCAGUUGCGACUUUCCCAGGGAGCUUUUGCUAAUCAAAAUCAAUUGGGGGGGAGGGCUGAUUUGCUUAAUGACCAAAGCAAAAAAUGGUCAUAAAAUCAGGCGCAACUCACAGAUUGCACUGCUUACUGGCGGAAUUUCUGAUACUGCUUGUCGUGAGUCAAAGAUUUCCUGUACCUGCUCAGUUCUGCCUUGCUUGAAAUGGCUAUGCUUUCAUGGCCCACCCCAGGUUAACCAAGCCAUGUUAUGGUUCAUUUGUGGCAAGGACCCAACGGUAAAAUUGGUCGCCCAGCAUUUGCAAACUGUCUAUAACUGUGAGGCUUCUUGGAUUGUGUCUUAAAAUUGACCGGAAAAAGAAUUGUGAUACUUGAGGAAGGCUGUGAAAAAGGAAGACAAUAUUCAGAAUAAUAAUAAAAAAAUUCAGAAACUAAACUUAA